UGGCGGUGGUGGUAGAAGUUUGCGCUCUUGCGGGAGGCUCCGAAGCGCGCGCGGCCGACUCCUCGACUUCGGAGCGGAGAGUCGGAGACUCGGUUCGGCUCGACUCGACUCGGUCAUCGUCGGUGGCACGUCGGUGGUUCGUUCGGUUGAACGAGGGCGCGCGCGCGAGCGAACGAGCGAGCAAGCGAAGCGAACGUACAUUCGUACGCUCGUUCGUACGGGCGGGUGUGUGUCGCGCGCUCGCAACCGCUGCUGCUGCUGCUGCCUACGUCUCCUCGCGGUGUGGUGCGGCACACCGCGACGACGGUGAAGGGUACUGCGAGUGGAAGACACGUCCGUGACUAGCUAGCUAGCUGGCUGGCUUGUGGCUGGCUGGAGUGGCUGGUUGGCUAGGCGGGCGUAGGCGAGGUUCCGUGACGGCCGUUCGGUGGCGCAGCAGAAAUUCCCCGGCGCGGCUCGCGCGGGUUGGUCAGCGGCGUGGUGUGCGUGCGCCUUCCGUCUCGCUUUCGCGCACGGCCCCCGACGCGUGUGUGCGUGUGCUCGCGGCGUAUACGUGUGUAUGUACGUACGCCGCUCGGCCGCGCGUACGUAUCUGCCCCGAGAGAGUCCGUCCGCGCCUCGACUUGCUGACAUGGCGUCCUAGUGCUGCACACGGGCCGAGUCGUGUGCACGUCCUUACGCGCGCGCGCCACGGAUACGGAUCGCCCGCUCCUGUCUCUCACCCCGUUUCUCAUCGUCGUUGUCGUCGUCCUCGUUUAACGGCGAGGAUGCCAAGAUCACGAGUAAGACGGGCACGAUAAUUCUUGGCCGAUGAGGAGCAGAGCAGCGCGAGGGCGAGUAGUAGAAGGAGCAGCAUCACGAGCAAGAGCGAGCGGCUUCGUCGUCGUAGAGGAAGGUGGUGGUGGUGUGGAGAAACAGAAAAAGAAGAAGGAACGAGGACGAAGUGGCGGCGGCAGCAGUGGCAGUGGUAACGGCGGCAAAGCGGCGACGAACAGCCAGGUCCCCCCAUGUUAGCGGACAUCAACGGCAACCUGGCGGAUCUGAGAAGCGAAGCGAUGGCGUCGCAGAGAUUUUGUCUGCGCUGGAACAACCACCAGAGCAAUUUGCUCUCCGUCUUCGACCAGCUGUUACACGACGAGUCGUUCGUCGAUGUCACGCUGGCCGUUGAGGGCCAGUUACUCAGGGCGCAUAAGAUGGUGCUGUCGGCGUGUAGCCCCUACUUUCAGGCCCUGUUCGUUGGUCAUCCCGACAAGCACCCGAUAGUCAUUCUCAAGGAUGUUCCAUAUGUGGACAUGCGCAGUCUCCUGGACUUUAUGUACCGCGGUGAAGUGAGCGUCGAUCAAGAUCGAUUGACCGCUUUCCUGCGGGUCGCCGAGUCCCUGAGGAUAAAGGGCCUGACCGAGGUGAACGAGGACAAAUGUGAUUUGCCAAGCAUCACGUCCUCGCUGCUGAACAGCAAUCAGAACGCGGUGGCGCCGCCGCCGCCCAGUCUCCAUCGGAUCAACCAAAUCGGUUCGCAUCAUCAUCAUCAUGUCGCGCAGAAGAGGUUCCAUCAUAUGUCCAGCCAUCCGUUGCUUGGCUCGGCGCUGACGGCGCCCAAGAGGAAACGUGGCAGACCCAGGAAGUUAAGCGGUUCGUCGGACACGCCGAUUGGCGAAGUCGGCGGUCAAGAGCUGCAGUCCUGCUCUGGUGCCGAUCUAGUCCAGGGCUCGCCCGAGAUGAUGGAAAUGAAGAUGGGAUUGGACUUUCAGAGCGAAGUUAGCGGCAACGGCAACGUGAGAAGCGCCGGUGCCUCUUCCAACAAUAACAAUUCUGCGACGGCCGCCAGUAAUCCCGCCGCCACGGCCUCCUCGGGAUCAUCGUCGGCGAGGAGAGACGAGCCUACGGAAAACGGUACCGAUACACCGGAGCCACCAGUCACGCGGGUCAAACGAGAACCGGAACCGACGCCCAGCACCUCGGCGCAAGCCUCGGAUGAGACAUUCGCGCGGCCGCACAGUAGGCAAGGGAGUGAGGGUUUUAAGCAAGAAUUGGAGGAGACGUCGAGCGGCGGUGGUGAUAGCGGCGAGCCGCCGACUCAUAUCCGCAUCAACUUCGAGCGAUGCUUUCGCAAGGAGUUCAGCACGUCGACGCUGCAGGGUAAGGCCGCGUCGACCGCCACGGGCGACGAGCAGCAACAGCAGCAGCAACACUCGGACACCGAGAUGGAAACGAAGACGAUGUCGAAGGACAGCAUAAGCAGUGCCAUAUUUAGCGUGAUGUCCAACGAGGCGGAAAUCAGUCAGAGCGACUUCGAGGGUUCGUUCAAGAGGGAAUCGUUCGCCGAGAACGAGCGCACGGAAGGCUCGGUGCGGGACUUCUGCGUGAAGGAGGGCGACGUUUAUCGGUGCACCGUGUGCCAUCGCACAUACACACACAUCAGCAACUUCUGCCGGCACUACGUCACCUCGCACAAGCCUAACGUCAAGUACUAUCCCUGCCCGGUCUGUUACAAAGAAUUCACCAGGAAAGACAACAUGGUCGCCCACGUCAAGAUCAUACAUAGCCUUAAGCCUCACAUGAGUCUCAGCAACAAUAGUGGCAGCAGCAAUAGUAGCAGCAGUAUGGGUCAGCCGCGGUAGACCAUCGCCGGCUGGGCGCCCUUUCGUCCUGCCUCCUCCCUCGGACCACGUUUCUUGCACUUCGCGCGAAAUCUCGUGAUGCCGGAAACGCUGUGAGACGCCAUGCGAUAUCAUUUAUAAUAUUGUACCAUGAUAUGAUACAUUACGAAAUAGAUUUUCAAGAAUUCGUGACACCAAGAUUUUCUACGUUAUCGAGAAACGUUGAUAUCGGUGAUUAACGGAUAGAAAGGACAAAGAUUCUGAAAUUAAUGGUGUCAUAAAUUAUGGUACCAAGAAGGAAAUGACUGAUCUAUGACGGAUGAACGUCACAGGCAGAUUUGCGAGCCUUAUGUGCUUGCCAAGAAGAUAAAGACUCGAGGAAUGUGAAGAUGAGGGAGGAGGAAGGAGAUCAGAGAAGCUCGAGAGAAACAUGAAAGAGGCCAGAGUAGUGCCUCGAAUGAAGUCAGCGCGUUCCUGUGUGAGCGGAAGGAGAAAAGUACGGUAGAUAGAUGCGAAUAAGCGAGUAAACAAGUAGGUAGGCAAGUGGCUGAUCUUACGAUGUGGCUGUACCGAAAUGGCCAAAAGAGAGGGGGGCGGGUAGAACGCGGAGGACAGGUGGGUGUGCAAGACUCAAAGCUAUGAACGUCAUCGCCGGAGCACACAGUUCUCAGUUUUUGCGCGAGCGUUCUCCAUGGCAAUCUUUCCGGUGUUUACACGAAUUAAUCAUUUGGCCAUGUUAAUCGUCUCUAAUUUACGGUGAACGUCUCGCGAAAUACGUACGAAGUACGUUUUGCCGUUCUAAUGUUACACGUUUGCGAUACGACAUGCAUCUCGCAUGCGACUAGCUCAAUGUCUUGAUACCAAAUCUAUGCCUUGGAAGAGGAGUAUUAUCCGUAUAUAUUCAGUAUAUUCAAAUAUCAAACGUUUGUAGUAUCUUCUACUUCCAAGCUGCAGAAUUUUUUUAAGGAACAUUUUAGAGACACGCGAUGUCGCUCAAAUGAUUAAACGAAGCUGAUCUAUCGGGUUGUAUCGACGUUGCGUAAUGAUCCGCGGGGCGCGGGUCUGACCAAGUCCAAUACGCACUACGACGAGUCAAGCAAUUGCUGAAAUAACUUCUAUACGAUACUUAAACGUAUUAGCGUAUACCAUAUAACGUCGAAUCUUUGACGGUAUUCUUUAGUACCCUGUUAGUGAAAAGGGCAGCUUUCACUGCGUGUAACGCGAAUUGCCCUGAAUUUUUAUCCCUGUUCCAGGUUCUUUCCUGGUUCUGAUCCUGGUCUUAGUGUUAGUCCUAGUUAUCUUUAUCAAUCUCCGUGCCUUCGAGGACCCACACGCGCACGCUACGGCAUUACGCAACGUCCGUCUUCUUCCGAGAGAUCGAGCUUCAGCAGUGCCGGAAAUUUCAGGAACAAUUCGCGCGCACGUAACAAGCAACGGGCAUUAAAGUUACAAAAUAAACGAGCUUUACCGCGUUCGCUCCAAAGAGACGGGGCGAGGCGGAUGUAAAAAACGGAAGAAGAUAGAGGCUUUGUACCGCAACGUAAACAAUGUUUGUAUAAAUCUAACCGACGCGUUGUCUCAACGCGGUUCAGCUUCAUACAAAGGAUGAUCAGUUGUAAGAGAAAAAACCGGUUGUCGCGUAGCAAAUUAAGGAGAAGGAGAGAUAUCGUGUAAAUGCAAAAUGUGGAGAGAAAGAAAGAGUAUAUUUACUAUAUUGCCUGACUAUAUUACGUUUGCAGAAAGAAUCAAACACGCCAGCUGACGCAGCUCGGCGAUACAUUUCUACGAGGUGCGCGCGCGCGUGUUUUACGCAUCUUUUGUUCGUGUUCUUUAAACACGAGUCUUUACGCCUGGUUAAAAAAAAAAAAGAAAGCAAUUUUCAAUAUUUGAUAGAAAGUAUCUUGAAGUUAUCUUUUGAAAAAAUUACAUGGAGUGAUUUACGCUAAAAAAGGUAUAGCAAUAAAGAAGUCAAGCUCUUGCAAGUCAAAGUGUAGGAUAUUAAACACACCAAUUACAUAUAAUAAUACCAAUUACAUAUAGUAAUUUGUUACGUAAUUGUUGAACUAUUGAGAGAAACUUAAUUUAACUUGUAGGGGACUUAUCGAAUUCUUUCUUCAUAUAUAUAUAGAUAUAUAUAAAAUAGAAGGGGCUAUAAAAGGAAGGACGAAAAGAAGGCGAAUCAGGGCGAAAAACGUGCGCGCGCACGCGCGAUAUAAAUAAUAAGGAAACUACGUAGACUGAGUAAAUGCAAUACAUAUAUGUAUCGAUGACCGUUCGCCAUGUUGUUGUUGAGCCGUUUGAAUCAUGGGGAAGAAUGCCGCGCGGGUGGCAUUUUGUUUUUUUUUUUUUGGAGAGCGAUAGUAAAAGGGGCGGAGGGACGGAACGGGGAAAGCGCGCAAUCUCGCGAAAGACUGCAGAGGGACGGUUUUAACGACACCAAAUACAAGAUAGUACUGACAUUGGAUAGACUGAAGGCACCUUAGUAGUAACUUAACGCCGCCAUGCCGGACCGCCCUGUCCUGUUCGGCUGAAUCUAUUUUCAGAUGUGGAGCCGGGGUGCUAAGUUGAGAGCCUGGUGAACGUAACAUCGGUUAUAUAUUAUAUUGUAUAUUUAUAAUGGUUAUAUAUUAUACAUAAUAUACAUUUGCUCGUUAGGCAUUUAUAUCUAUCGUUUUAUGAAUGAAAUUCAUAGCAUAUUACAUCUCACUUAUUAUUGGAUCGCUAUCACUAAGUUGUUCAUUAAGAGUUUUUAUUUUUUUAAUAGCUUCUACAAAUUUUAAUCAGAGUGCAAGUAGCUUUGAAUCAAUUAUUUAAACUUUUUAAAAAUUAAUUUUAUAUUUAAACUAUAUUUUCCAUUCGAAGUUCACCAAGUUCUCAAAUCUAGCCCCUUUGGGCCUUGGAUAGUCAGUAUUGGUCCAUAUAAUUUUUACACACAGUUAAAAAGAAAUAUACAUGUAUAUAUAACUCUAUUAUUUUAUUCUUUGGGAUUUGCAGUUUUAUCUAAACAAUCGAAUAAGAACUGUUGUCAUUAACCGAGGCGGGCUGCACGGUGGUACGGUAGUGGCGGUUAGAGGCUUAGUCGCGAGAAGAAAAAAAGCACUAAAAGUACGAGAUCGUAGCUUACUAUAUUUUGCACCUUACACUCCGUCGAGCGCCCUCCCGCCGCGAGAGGGGCGAGACGAUUUAUAUACAAAUUUUUCACUAGUUGGGCAUAGACGUUAGACGACUAGAGGCUACAUAAUAACUAUAAUUAUUAUUAUCUCUACUACUAUUAAUCAGUUAUUGCAAAUAACGGAGAUCUUCGUUGUUACUUUAACGCGCGGUGGGGUUGAACGGGCCCCGGGUCGACCAGUGUUGUUCGUUGGUUAUUACAAGAGGUAUCUAGCGUUGCAAAGAUAACAAAAGAGUUAUAGUCGUAAGGGAGCCGGAUCGUCAUCAGAAGCAAUAGUGGGCUCCGCGAUGUGACCUGGGAUAAGUACUCUCGCUCGUGUUUCAUCGAAGGAACACAUUGCGGUGUUUUCAAAUUAAGGUUUCUUAAGUUUUUAAACUUUAGGUAGUAACCGACCAAUGUUGUAGAAAUGUCGCGUCCGGAUAGAAAAAUUUUCGUGAGAUUGGAACGCUACCUCAAACACGAAGAAACGUUUUAUGAAAUUGAAACGUAAUCCUUAGGUGAUAGAGAAAAGUUAUCGAGAGUACUUGCUUCACGUUUAUUUACGGAACCUUCUAAGCUUAUGUUGCGAUCCGAGCGUAUUUUUAAGUGAAUAGAAAGUUCUAUAAUAUCAGUUAGAUAAAGGCAGCAAAGAUAGCGCAGUAGACGUAGGAGAACGAAAGGGACCUGUUAAAGGGACAAGUUUGUGUUGGGUAAAAGAAAUGGCGAAAGGGGGAAGGGGGUUGUUGUUUUGUAAAUGUUAAGAGAGAUGGUUAGUGGGCCGUGCCGUGGAUUUUUGCGCACUUAGGUCAAUUAUCCGCAAUAUAUUUGAAACUUCGAUGGACCAAAGAGCUUCUUACUGACCCUUGUAGAUUAUUUAUCCCAAGCGAGAAGGGACGGAAAUGUCCUGGAGAAAUCUUCCGCGGACCUCAGAAGCGCCCAGGAUAUGCGGUGCCAAUAAAAAAUGCAGAUCUUUGUCAGAUAAUUUACAUAUCGCAAUGAUGAAUUAUAUAAAAAAUUUAUAGUUUAUUCUAUAUCGAAGAGUGCUCAAUAGCUAGAUAAUAAUUAACUAAUCAUGACAACAUAUUCAUUAUUGUACGUAAGUUAGAAAGACUUAGUCUUUCGUUUUAUUGAGUCUAAUGAAUAUUUAAUAUAUAUAUCGUGCUUAUUAAAUUAUAAUAUUUUAAAAUAUUAGGCACAAAAAAUUGAAUGCCAUGUUAAAAUGAUUUAUUAUAAAAAAUUUAAGAAUUGAGAGUUUGAAAAGUUUUAUUUAUUCAUAAUAUACCUCUUUUUUUUUUUUUUUCAAGAUUUUAUACAUAUAAUUAUAAUCGAAAAUUUGGCAACCGAUAUUCCUUGGGACGGCAGGAUCUCGCGCCGUCAGGUCAAUUAUUAUUCGCAAUAUUCGAAACCUGUUGGACCAAAGAGCGUCUAUAAAUGGUAGAAACCCUGAACAGAGACCCUUUAGAGAAAAAUCGCGCCAAGGGUAGGUGAAGAGGGACGGUCACGGCCUGGUUUUAUGACGGGUUUGUCACAAGCCCAUCCAACGCCUGUUCAACGUGUGUGCGUAUGCGAAGGAAUCGGAGGAACUGGUUAGAUUCUCAUGAAAAACGGGAAAAAACAAAAAGUGCAAAGAGGCAGCGGCUAGACAGCUUAUAUCGAUUUUUUAGGAGAGGAGAAAGACGAGGAGAAGCAAGCAAAUAAUUAAAUACACUCACAUUUGAUAAUCACUGAGAGGCUAAGACUAACUCAAUUAAUUAAAGGGUGGGAAGGACGCGAAGGGUUAUCAAGAGGAAAGGAUCACCGGGAAGAAGAGAACACCUGCAGGUCCUCGUGACGCGUGAUCGACAAUUUUUCAAAAAUUUAUUUUCUGGGACGUUGCAAUUUUUUCAAAUUCGAACGUGUUGAUUUUGAUAGAUCGGAUUUAGCAUUGUUAUAGCCGUCUGUUGUUUUUUUUCUCUCCCCAUUUUUUAAUGGCGAGACCUGCAGGGUCUCUUGCCGGUGCCGUUUCUGAGGAUCGCGAUUUUAUCAAUUUGUACAAUAAUAGCUUUUGAUUCACCCUAGUCGAUGUCUGCGUGAGAAGCGCGAAAAAGGAUGUGAGAACUGGAGAUCGACAUGAUUUUUAUCGUUCUCACAUUUUGCAAAUUUCUCUUCCGCGCUUUUUAGAAAAUAUAAACUUAUACCAAAGGAUCAUGGGUUUACUACACAUAUACACACGUGGUAGCUUGUAGCAAUUAUUAUAUAUAAAAUAUUAUUUAUCAUCGCUGAAGUUUCGCUUGACGUUCCUUCGAUCCGCAGAAUGUUCUUAAUACAUUCGACAAGACCUUAGGAACAUCCUGUGUACAUAUUUACAGAAUCACAUAUAAGUGGAAAUCGGUUUUUUUUUUUUUAUAGAAUAAGUCUUUAUUAGAGUUUCUGUAGGCUUCUGAGAUUUUUAAGAAUCAUCACAUUUUCUUUAUUUUCUCUUUUUAUAUCACAAAAAUUUACUCUUAUGACGUUAUGACACGCAGGUUGGCGAGCGUAUCUCGCAUGUUGUUGCAAAUGUUAUCACAUCCUUUUGGCAAUCAGAGCAGCAGUUACAGAGAGCACUAUCCGCGACACGCGAUGAUAGGCCGCGGAACCGCCGAUUCUCGAGCUCCGCUCUGUGGAUCCCUUGCAGGCAUCUGAAGGCUCGUGAUCAGGAUAAAUCGCUGUUAGGAGAGAUGCACGGUGAAGACACAGCGACUGAUCUUGAGGCUCUCGUUGUUCAAAUUUAAAGGCGUUUAAAAGGGAGGAGAAAUUCGCUCACGUUCGUUGCCUUCUCGACGUUGUUAAACUUUUUUAGAGUUAAGGUCGUUAAAAAGCGCUUUCAAUCGUUGCCAAUUGUAGAAAGGGGACAAUCGAGGGGAAGACGGGGAAAGGGGGAGCUUUUUCGCGAGAGAUCGAAGGUACAAAAAAUAAGAGAAAAGAGCUAUAUAUAUACAUACGACGUCAGGUCCCCGUAUAUUCGUACAAAAUUAGUGUUCAAAUUGUAAAAAGUGUUCAUAAGUCAGGGGUGAGGUGUCACGUUGCGAGGGAUUGCUCGAGGACGGCCGGCUGCAUCUGCGACGUAUGUUACAUCGCUUGAGUUACAUAUUGUCAAAAUUUCGUCUUUCCUCGGAAUUUAUACGCGUAAAACUACGUAUCGUGUUGCUUGUAAGCUCUGAGGAUAUUCUGUGUACGACGUUCGAUAAUUUGAUUCUGAUCUGCGGAUUAGAUUUUGUUGAGUAUUUGUUAAAAAUUGUACAUAUAUAUAGUAUUGCGAAAUUUUAUAGCGUCGUUGUUGUCGUUCAAAUUCUAUCGUCAAACUCUAUUGGAUUUUCAUAUAUAAUUUAUUGCAUCGUGUGAAAUUUUAUCGUGUAAAAAAAA